CUUCCACUCCUUAAUGUUUGUCUGAGCUCUCGUCCACUCUUUCUCUCAGGCAGUCAUGUGAGAUUAGUUAGAAAUCUUGACAUACAGCUUCCUGCCAGGAGGUAGGGCUACUGUUCAAGCUGCUGGACUCAGAGUAUGUAUGUGAAUGAGCUGAGCUGUCAGUGCACAGAACGGCUGAAUCCUGUGUGACUGCAAGUAAGGGACACAGACUUUCACACCAGGGCUAACAAUACACUGUUGCUUCUGCCUGAGCACUGUGCACUGGGAGCUGCUGACCAAUCUGCACUGUAACUGGUUAAAAAGCCUGAAGCUGGCAGCAAGAAUUGAGACUUCACCGUGACUCCCAAGUGCAGGAGUAAUUCUGACGUUGGAACCAAAUUUUAAGAAAUUAAUGCAGUACUGUGAUCGGAUCUACACAAGGUCCAGACGCUCUUUACAGUGACUAAAGGCAUCACCCAAUGACUAUUAAGAUGGGUCGCUUUGAAUGUAUGAAAAAAGUGACAAUCGUUUUCAGUGUUCUGAUUUCUCUGAGUGGAUGCGCCCUGCUUGCAAUAGCAUGCUUGUUAUUGCUUUACCCUGCAGGACCUGAAGACAUUAUGUCAAUCAGCAAAGUGAUCUUUACUGGAACCCUCUAUGCCGUAGGCCUGUCUACUGUGCUGCUUAUUCUUGGAAUACUCGGGAGCAUUGCUGCAUUCCGGGAGAGCAGGUGCCUCCUCAUGGUUUGCUUCUUACUGAUUCUGCUGAUGUGUGCGCUCGAGCUCACUGCUGGAAUAGCUGCCUUUCUAUUCAGAAAUCACUUAACAAAGAAGUAUUUUGAGGAUGAUCUGGGGACUUACUACACAGGAGACAAUGGGACAAAUGCUUACACCAAAAGCAGCAAUUCCAUCAUGAUCAGGUUUAAAUGCUGUGGAGUGAGUGGGCCAAAUGAUUUCCUUAAUGCGAUAAAUUUCAUUCUAUUCAACCCUACCUACGAUGUGCCAGAGGCUUGUUGCAAAAGGAACAAGUCCGCACAGAAUGAGGAAAUACUCAAUGUAGUUCACUGCAUCGCUGGUGAAAGCAAAUACAUCAACACUCAGGGCUGCUUCAAUCUACUUGCACCCAAAAUGGAGAAGAUUUUUUACCUGGCAGGUGGACUGUCCAUCUGGAUUUUAAUAAUCGAGAUAUGUGUGAUGAUCUUCGCAAUCUGGCUGUUCCAACGAGCAUAGAUGAGCUUUCCUAGCCUGGCUGUGCUGAGUGAGACCCCGGACUGUGUUACAUGUUUUGAUGCUGAUGGAGACACACAGCACCUCAGGGACUGGACUCCCUGGGCAGCAGCACUCCAGAGGGAUGGGGCACUUCAAUCACAACUGUGAGAGCACAAACUGAGAGGGAGGGGCUGGAUUGGGAACCUCACUGGAAGCAGUGAACAGCCUUUCCUUGUGGGACCAAUCGA